GGAUAAUUUGUGCAUUUCGCCAUAUAAAGAGGACCAGAUUCAUAAAAAGCCACGCGUUGGUCACCUCCGUCAAUGGCGAAGCUGAAGACGGAUUCUCCUCUCUCGCGUCGUAUAGUUCUCUCCUUCUUGCGCUUCCUUGAUUCUGUGGAACCUGCUGCAGGAGUUGAUGACGAAGGACUUGAAGUUGCUAAGCAAUGUCUAUCAGAGGCUUUUAAGAUUGAUCCUUCAUCUCAUGCCUCAAGUUCAGAUUCAUUAGUGGACAUAUUCAGUUCAGGGGAAGCAGUUGACCAAAGCCAAAUAAAUGUAGAUCUUAGGCAUGAUGUAUCUUCGUCAAAUGCUCCUUGUACAUCUUCAGGGCAAAAGGUUGUAGAUGCUAUAGAUGCAGAUGGAUCACAUUUGCUGGCCGAAGAUAGGACAAAAGAAGCUCACACUUUUGGUAUAUCCAAAGAUGAGCUCUUUGGGCAGUUUUUUGAUGCUCUUGAAAAAACUCACUAUUUCAGAAGCUUGCCAGAUGGAAACGACGAUCAGGCUCAGUUGGAUAAAGCAUCGAGGAUAUUCCAUACUGCUUUGGAGGAGAUGCAAAAAUCUGGAUGUGCAAUGUUCAACCGAAACAACCUUGCUGACAUCUUAAAAUCGCAAGGUAAUAAAGCGAUGCAGUCAAAACUUUACCCUGAUGCUAUUGAGCUGUAUUCUUUUGCAAUUGCACUUUGUGAAGAUAAUGCAGUUUACUAUUGCAACAGGGCAGCUGCUUUAACCCAGAUCCACCAAUAUGAAGCAGCAGUUCAAGACUGCCAAAAAUCUAUUGCAAUCAACCCCAAUUAUAGCAAGGCUUAUAGUAGAUUGGGUUUUGUCUAUUAUGCUCAAGGGAAGUACCGUGAUGCCAUAGAUAAGGGAUUCACAAAAGCAUUGCAGUUGGAUUCUAAUAAUGAUUCCGUCAAGGAAAAUAUACGGGUAGCAGAACAAAAGUUGAAAGAAGAGCAACAAAGGAGGGGGAAUGAUCAGAGCUCAACCUCUUCAAGCCAUGGACAAGACUCAAAUCACCAGCCUGCUGGGGCACCUAGAAGUCAUGCCAUGCCUCCACCAUUUGGAUCAAUGUCAUUUGAUGGAAAUGGCUUUCCUGAUUUGACGAACAUGUUUAUGAACAUGCCAAGAGAUGCAUUCCAAGGGCAGCAUGGUCCAAACGGGCCAGAAAGAAGCAACAACGCUGAUUCAACCAAUGAGCCCAUUAUAAGAAUAACCAGGAGUGUCAAUCUCGGUUUUGGUGAACAGAUGCCCGAGGAAUUGACAGGAACCUUAAGGUCUGUUAUGGAGAUGUUUUCAGGAGCUCAACCUCCUGAGAAUCCUCAGGAUAACAUGAAUGGAAGGUCAACACCAAAUUGAGGCAUUUAUGUUAGUGAGCCUCAUUCUCGAGUUGAUUAACAUCUCAGUCCUUUUUACUUGUUGCUUUUUUGGUUAACUGCACUCUUGCAUUUGAAUUGAUCAUCUUUCCCUCAACUUGAUUUGUACAUUAAAGAUCUAAAACUCAGGUUUGCAGUGUAAUCUUAGGUGCUUUGCUGAUGCUUCUGUUUUUGCA